UCAAUAUAUUUUCCACGACGCACUACCUUGAGUUUGAACUUUCAAGCUACACCAUGCACGCACGCGUCUCGCAACAGAUACAAGAAGCCCGAAUCACUCAACUUGAAGCAGAAGUGAAUAGGCUUCAACAAGAACUUGGACAAGACGAAGAUGCAGAAAAGAUUGUAAACAAGCACAUCAAGUUACUUCAUCGCUAUAAUGAGGCUAAGGAUGCAGCACAGAUGCUCAUAGGACGGCUGGCCAAUUUGAAGGAAACAACCGUCAGACAAAUCCAUAAUGACCUGGAUCUUCCGAUUGGCGAUUAAGUAGGAACUUGGAGAGCGCGCACCUCUCUUGUAUGUAU